AUGGCAAUCGAUACAGCUACUCAGUUACCCAGUAGCACUGCACCGACCAACCAGGAUUUGAGCAAGACAAUUAGCCCUCAAUUAGCCUUCAAUCGACUAAUCCGUCAUGAUCUCAUAACGACGGAUUUUGACGAAUUGAAAUUUCGCGCUGCUGCAGCUCGUCAAUUGGGGUUUGACGAAAGGGACCAAUAUACCUCUGCAGAAUCGGAUUCUCGUCUAAUUGUCUCCCCGUAUAACACAUCCCCCCAUCUGCUGGACCUAAAUACGCUGGACACGCAGAGUCGACUCCUGACUCUAGCCUUGGCUUAUUUCAGGCCAAUUCGAGACGAUUAUGCCACGGCAGACUAUCUGGACUCGUUCAAUUGGGAUGAGGUCUUUCAUCUCUUGAGAGGUUUUUCGGAAGUGGAACAUCACACAUGGACAACGCAAACAUUCUAUGUAGUAUCUUUUCGAUCCAAGUUACAACCAGGGAUCGACAACGACUAUUUGCAUGCGUUGGAUGCACAUUCGCAUCAGGAGGCUACUGCCAGUGGCGGCCUAUUGAAAUAUUGGUUCGGUACAAAAAAUGAGAAGCGGGAAAACUUGGCAACUUGUAUAUGGCGAAACCGGAAUGAUGCCAGGUCAGGAGGCCAAGGGCCAUGGCACGCAAAAGCAAGAGCUGCAGGACGCGAAUUAUACGAACACAUUGUUUUUCAAACCAUGAAAUUGGUUAUUGAAAACGAUGUUGCAUCGUGGCGCAUCAGCGAAUGGGUCAACGAGGAAGAAUCAUGA